CGGACAGAGAGGCGGGAAAAGAUUUUCGGCGCUAAUGUCGAGUCUGGAAACUACAACUACCAAAGGGCCACGGGCUCCUGGGCAGUUUCUCGUUUCCGUUGAGUUGACCAUCUGGGCUGCUUCUGAGGGGUCAACUUGAGUGGCCGUCAAGUUCAGCCAAGGCCUAAGACGUUGUUCAGUUCCACUGGUGAUGAAAUGGGGGUCAACCAGUCUGUGGGCUUUCCGCCUGUCACGGGACCCCACCUCGUAGGCUGUGGGGAUGUGAUGGAGGGUCAGCGUCUCCAGGGGAGCUUCUUUCGACUCUUCUACCCCUGCCAAGAGGCAGAGGAGACCACGGAGCAGCCCCUGUGGAUUCCCCGCUAUGAGUACUGCACUGGCCUGGCUGAUUACCUGAAGUUUAAUAAGCGCUGGGGGGGGUUGCUGUUCAACCUAGCUGUGGGAUCUUGUCGCCUGCCUGUUAGCUGGAAUGGCCCCUUUAAGACAAAGGACUCUGGAUACCCCUUGAUCAUCUUCUCCCAUGGCCUGGGAGCCUUCAGGACACUGUAUUCAGCCUUCUGCAUGGAGCUGGCCUCCCAUGGCUUUGUGGUUGCUGUACCAGAGCACAGGGACGGAUCAGCCGCGGCCACCUGUUUCUGCAAGCAGGGCCCAGAGGAGAACCAGCUCGACAACAGGUCGCUGGAGGAGGAGUGGAUCCCCCACCGUCAAGUUGAGGAAGGGGAGAAGGAAUUCCAUGUUCGAAAUGGCCAGGUGCAUCAGAGGGUAAGCGAGUGCAUCAGGGUGCUGAGGAUCCUGCAAGAGGUCACUGCUGGGCAGACCGUCCUCAACAUCUUGCCUGGCGGGUUGGACCUGAUGACCUUGAAGAAUCACAUCCCUACAGUCCAGGAAUGGCCUGACCAGCUGCUUUCCAGUGGGCAAGAGGCGCUUAAUACCGUGGUUUUGGAGGGCUCACCCACGGGCAGCAUUGAUGUGAACCGCGUGGCUGUAAUGGGACAUUCAUUUGGAGGGGCCACAGCUAUUCUGGCUUUGGCCAAGGAGACCCGAUUUCGGUGUGCCGUGGCUCUGGAUGCUUGGAUGUUCCCUCUGGAAAGUGACUUUUAUCCCACGGCCCGAGGCCCUGUGUUUCUCAUCAAUGCUGAGAAAUUCCAGACCGUGGAGAGUGUCAGCUUGAUGAAGAGGAUCUGUGCCCAGCAUGACCAAUCCAGGAUCAUAACUGUCCUUGGCUCUGUGCAUCGGAGUCAAACUGACUUUGCGUUUGUGGCUGGUAACUGGAUUAGUAAAAUCUUCUCCACUCAGACCCGUGGGAGCUUGGACCCCUAUAAAGGUCAGGAGACUGUGGUGCGGGCCAUGUUGGCCUUCCUGCAGAAGCACCUUGACCUGAAAGAGGACUAUGACCAAUGGAACAACCUCAUUGAAGGCAUUGGACCAUCGCUAACCCCAGGGGCCCCACACCAUCUGUCCAGCCUGUAGGCACAACUGGUCAUUUGUGAAAGGUCACUGAGCUGAGUUCCUAUCUGGGGACUGCCCAGGGACACCCAUGUCCUCCUAUCAGGAAGUGGUCAUCAUGACCCACCCACAUAGGUUGAGAGGAUGUAAUCACACUGCUGAUUGGAUAACUGGGUACUUGAAUCUUGGACUUGAUCUUAAACUCAUGUUGGGACUUGGGUCACUCGCUGAUUGGCAAACUGACUUUCUGGGGACUGAGCCCUGAUGGUGUGGGGAGAGCAAGAAGUUGGAUGGGGCUGGGGAGAACCCAACCCCCAAGUUGAGCAGUAUGAACCCUGUUAACCCAGCCAGCCGACUCCUUCAUCUUGGGCCAGUGUGGCUUCUGCAGUGGAGAAAUGAAGCCAAAGGGUGGAGGGAAACUUCUCACUGUCGGGACCUCCAGCCCAACCUGGCACUAUCUCUUCCUCCCUCUCUGCCUUCUCCCUCCCCAGGGCCGCUUGGUGAGUUUUGAGCACUGUAGGUAGCUCUCUAGGAUAUCGACCACCAUCAGAUUUUCUGUUUAUUUUCAAGCCUUCUCAUUGCAUGAAACAUAGUCCCGGGCAUUUAGUCAGGAUGAAGUUAUACUUGUGAGUCUGUGGAAGGGGUCCUGAUAGCAUAGGGAGAGGGCCUGAGGGCUAGCAGAUACCUCAGAAGCUCUGGAUGUCUUAAGAGUUGUGCCGACAAUAUAGUCUGACAGGAAACAACUUACAUAGGUUGAGAUGGAGAAGGUAGAGUAACAGUGUUAAGUAACCAUUUGAACGGGCCCUCACCGCAAAAGGGAGGGAGUUUGGUUGGUUCAAAUUCAGGAGCCAUCCCUAGAGAGAAAUCUUAGGAACACUUUGGUCUUGCCUCUUACCUCAGAUAUCAUGAGCCUCCGGACUUGCUCAGAAUCAGGGUGCUGUCGUUGUCUGUCUUCCGGCUCUGAGGCCGAAGCCUCAAAUUUAAGUCAAGAUAUAGACUGAAUUUCCAUUCUGUUCCACUUAUAUGAAUGAUAUUAAUACUCAUGUUUGCC